AUGGAGGCUGCACCGCCGGAGAAGAAAAAGAAGGUUCCUGCUGUGCCAGAAACUCUUAAGAAAAAGCGAAGGAAUUUCGCAGAGCUAAAGGCGAAGAGCUUUCAGAAAAAGUUUGCACCGAAGACACUCGGGAAGGCAGGGAGGAAGCUCAUCUAUGAAAAGGCAAAGCAUUAUCACAAGGAAUACAGGCAGAUGUACCGGAAGGAGAUCCGCAUGGCUAGGAUGGUAAGGAAAGCUGGAAAAUUCUAUGUGCCUACAGAACCAAAGCUGGCCUUCGUCAUCUCAAUCCGAGGUAUCAAUGGUGGUGCAAGCCCAAAGGUGUUGCAGCUGCUCCGUCUUCGUCAGAUCUUCAAUGGCACCUUUGUUAAGCUCAGCAAGGCUUCGAUUAAUAUGCCAAGGAUCGUGGAACCAUACAUUGCAUGGGGGUACCCCAACCUGAAGUCAGUAAACGAACUCAUCUACAAGCAUGGUAUGGCAAAAUCAAUAAGAAGAGAAUUGCCUUGA